CGAGCAGGCAGGGAAGGUGUUACACAUCUGGAUCAUACCAACGCUGCGGCUCGUGCUACUCGGGCCACUACAGACAUGAGGAUGUUUCAUUCCGCUGCGCAUAAAUGAUGAAAACACUACGGGACCGCCACGCUUGAUCUUUGCAUAAAACCAGAUGCCUCCCCUUCCUCUUGAUGAGCGCAUAGUGGUCAUUCAGCGCCCUAAAAACAUAGCCCUGUGUGAGGCUUCUCCUCAAACCAUCCCGCAGCACUCCUCUCAAAUAUCAGCCUCUUCCAAUGGACACCCUCCUUAUCUCCACCCUUCGCAUUCCCAUUUCUAUCCGCCCUCCUGCAAAUCUCUGACUCUGGAAUGCAAGCACAGAUCUGCUCGUGUGCAGAAAUUCAAAAGCGAUCAACCGGUCAUCCCAGCAGGUGUCAGACACAUCCCUAGCCACUGCCAUAGCAAUGGCACAGUAACUCUCGGCCCACGGCUGCCAUCCCACACACACACUAUUGAUAUCAGGGUAACGGUGGACAAAGAAGGACGUGGAGAAGGAAUCAGCAACUCGUUAGGGCGCAGCGGAAGUGUAAAAGGUGGCAAAGGGAAAUGUGCCUCUUCACAGUUAGUACAAGGACAAUGUGAGAGAAGAACUGAAACUGCGGGUAGACCAGGUGGUGCCGAACACAAGUCACAGAGAAGUCGCCACAGUCAGCUGUCAUCUUCUCCCGAAGGCAUCCUACAAUUCGUCCCAGCUCAGGCGCAGCAGCGUCGGUUUAGGAGUGAAAAGGAAAACACUAGUUUCCCUAACAGAAGUGACCAGGAAUUUCCCUCUCUAGGUCACAAGAAGAAUUCCAAACUGGGAACUGUUCAACAAAGCCAAAAUAGUCACAGUCUGCCCUACCACCAAAACUCCGUCCCUGUGCCCCAUGCUGCCAUACUAAACUCCAACUAUCCGUCACCCCCUCCCUCCCAACCCACCCAUGUCCCAGUCUCGUUUCAGCAGCUCAGCCAGCCGCACCCGCCCCGCACCAGGGAUCUCCGCCCUCACAUUCUUCAUGGUCUACCCCUCUCCCCCUGCUCCUCCCACGCUGGAGGGUUCCCCAGCCCUGACCAUACCUGCACCAUCGACUGCACCCACCCAUUCAGUUGCGGCUGCUGGAGGUUGGUAAGAUGCAGAGGUUGUAAGGGUCACUCUACUAACUGCCAAGGAGGUGGAGGAAGCUCGUCCACCUCGUUCUCCUGUGUUCAUAAUGUCGGAGCAGUGAAGAGAGGAGGCAAAGAAAUGGGCCUGAGAAAUCUAGGUGGGUGUCUCUCCACCACCUCCACCUCCAACACCUCCUCUUCUAACAGCACUGUGUCUGACUGCCGAGCAAGCCUGUUCAAACCUCUCCGCUGUGCCUCCUGCUCUGGUGAGGCCGGGAACUUCGAGAGUCCUGCCAUCCUUCGCAAAAAAUUGGUAGGGGGAUGCCUGCCCUGUACCCCGCUGUCCUCCUCGGCCCCUCUACGGGCGAUACAGAGUUGCGUCACAGGCUGCAACCCCAAAGCGUCUCAGACAGGCAGCUCCACCUGCAGCUACUGCAGCAGCGAUCCCAUAGUGGUGACAUUUAACCCUCGCAGAGGCAAGCCCCCAGGAAGGGGCAUCGGAGCAGCUCAUCCGGUGGGUACGUUCCAAGCCGAUGAUGAUGACUACAGCGUGCGUACUAUCUGGCCCGAAGAACUAGCAAAGAAGAUGACCCAUUCUAAAGCCCAAAAGAAUCACUGUGCCGGGAUGGGAGUAGGAGUCGGGAAGACCUGUGCAACCCAGGCCCAAAAUGGCAGUAACGGAACAGGCCUUGCCCUCCUGGACUGUCAAAACCUCCAGGAAUACGCACAGUCUCAGCUAACAGACCGUGCCGGCAGACGGCGGCUUCAGCAGGGGAAAAUGGCCGCCCUUGAUUUUAUGAGCCGCAGAUCAGGAUCUGGGUAUGACGAAGGCAGGAACUCACUGAAGAGGCUCUUGAAUAAAGCCGAAGAUGUAGGAACUGAGCAAGAUGGAGAUGCAGCAUAUCCACGUUCCCCCUCUCCCCGCUCUGCCUCACCACCGUCACCUGUGUCCUUUUCACCUCCACCGUCCGCCCCUAGCACACUCAUCAAACCCAGGCCCUGGCAGAGAGACAGGGAGGGAGGACAUUCCCUGCCCACGGCUCAGUCCCUUCACCUGGCCCUCAACUCUCUGAACAGAGAUCAAGAUGAGGAGAACAGCAGAAUGCACCUUUCUCUACCGCUCUCGUCUUCUUUGCCGGCUUCUCUGUCUGAUGAGACCGCGAUGACACCUGAUGCGGAGAACGCUGUGAUCAGUCCCAUCCUGCCCUUCCUGUUUCUGGGGAAUGAGAGAGACGCCCAGGACCUUGACCUGCUGCUGCGCCUCAACAUCGGCUACGUGGUCAACGUGACCACACACCUGCCCCUCUACCACGUCAACUCUGGACUACGCUACAAAAGGCUGCCAGCCACUGAUAACAGCAAGCAAAACCUUCGCCAAUACUUUGAGGAGGUUUUUGAGUUCAUUGAGGAGGCAUAUCAGAGUGGACAGGGAGUGUUGGUACACUGCCAGGCCGGCGUGUCCCGUUCUGCAACCAUCGCCAUCGCCUACCUUAUGAAGCACACCCUCAUGACAAUGACAGAUGCCUACAAGUACGUGCGGAGCCGUCGUCCAGUGGUGUCCCCGAAUCUCAACUUCAUGGGCCAGCUUUUGGAGUUCGAGAGGGACCUCAACUCCGGGGUGACUCCUCGUAUCCUGAUGCCUAAACUUAGCGGCGUGGAGACUCAGGUGUGAGGCAGGUCAGGGGUCAGGAGCGUGUCGGGUUGCUGCAGGUAAAGAAGAGAUUCAAAUGUUAUGGAUGAGCGUCAAAGGAAGAGUGCAGCACAUUGUAUGAAGAGAGAUGUGAUGAGAAAUAUUACAGUUGGAAAAUGGAGGUGUGUGUUUGGCACUUUUAAUACUGUGAAACACGAGACGAAAGACUGGAUGCUUCAUUUGUUUCAGUCGUAACAUGAGCAUCAUCCAGCACACUGUUUAUAAGAUAAUGUGCCAAUAUUUUGUAUAGACCUAAUCAUCACUCUCAGAUAUCUCAUUUCAGUUUUUUCUCACGGCUCUUCCUUUUUGUUCCGAUUGUUUACAUUCACAGCCACACAGAAAUACAAUGUUGCCAUUAAUCUUAAAUGCAUGCACAACGGUUACGCAAACAUGGAAACGGUUCACUGUUCAUGUCCUACUUCAUUUACAUCACCACUCUGAUGUUUCCACCACAUGUAGCAACACACAGGUUAUUACAAUGCACUUUACCUCCCAUGCAUUUGUUUCAUUAGAAGAAUUCAUCACACAGACCUUAGUCACUGUUUUUGGUUAAUAUAAUCAUGUAUAUGGUUUUCCCUAUUUGGAAACGUUGCAAUAGAGCAGCAUGGAGUACGGACAUGAGCAGCAUUAACCUGGGACACUUGUAGCAAAAGGACAAACAGCUAGUGGAAAUAUGUACACAUGGUUUUAUUUCAGUGAUACGGUCUGUAUUGUAGCAAGUAAAGUACUUCAAGGAUGAAAUAAUGCUCCGUACUCACAGGGUUUAAUAUGCAGGUUAAUACAGUGUUUCUUAAAUGGGGAUAUUAGUACCAUGAGGGGUACUGCAGGAGUACUGCAGGAGUACUGCAGGAGGUACUUAAGAUGUCUUUGUUAUGUUAAUUAAGAAAAUAUCAGUUAUAAAUAGUUCCUAAAAUAAUUCUACUAUAAUAACGAGAUACUAUAAUCAAGAGAAUGUUUCUCAUUAAAUUGUGAGUGAAACCUAACAAAACAGACGCAGUUCAAUGCAACUACAGUGCCGUCUUAGUGUUAUCGCAAGAUGACAGAAAUUUGGUUUGCCAUGAAUUUAAAGAUGGAUUCUAAACAUUUGAAGCAUUUAAGUGUUUUUAAGUAACGCAGUUGUUGUUUAGUAAAUCAGACACUGAUGGCGUAAUACUUAUGAUCAUAUUUCAAAGAGGGACAUGUUUUUUUUUUAAGCUUGAGAAACACUGAGUUAAUAUACUGAAAUAAGCUCAUUUGCUGCAGAGCUGAAACCACAACAGUACUUUCAGAGAUUUCUUUAUGCACACUAUGAUUACAGUAUAUUUCACCAGAGGUGUGGGUUGGCAGGUUUUGUCCUGCUGUGCUUUAAAACAAUAGACCUUCUCCCACUGUGCACUAUUUAUGUUGUGGUUAUUCAUUAGAGAAAUGCAUUAUUUUAUUUAUUAUAUUUCCUAUGACGUAAAAAAAAUAAGAUUCUUGUUUGAUGUUUAGUAUGAAACAGUCCUGUCCUCUAUAUUUAAAAAGCACAUGGUAGUUUGAUUAAUUUUACACGACACAUUAACAGUAAAGAGGCAACCUUUCACGUCCUGCUCAACCAGUGUGGUCAGGAACAUAGAGACACACCUUUUAUUAUUUGUGAUGUUGAAAAAAAGGUUUGAAAUGAUAAGCUUUUUGUUUUGUAACUCUUGAUUUUGGAUUACAAGUGUUCAUUCCCGCAGUGCCAGAAAGGGACUGACAACCAAGAACAAAUUAGAAAAAUGUAGUUUCAAGGUGUGCACUAGACCCAAGUCAUGAACACUCUUAAAGCCAAAUAUACUUUAUAAUUAGUUAUGUAACACCUUUGUGGAAAAAAACAGUGUUUUUCAGAGAUGGUGACGUCUGGAAGCUGAUUGGUUGUUGUUGUUACUCCCUAACUGUUCUUUUGCCUUAUUGUCUUUACUGAACUCCUUAGCUGUGUCCCUCAUGACGAGGCCUGCCUUUUAUUAUGAAGGCUUUGGUUUGAUUAGAGGAGGUGGAUUCACUGUGAACUCUUCCUCUGUAUUGUUAAUGCCGAGGCCUGAGUCCUAUUACAAACACAUUCAGUUACCUUUAUAGGUCCUGGACCGCCAAUCUGCACAGUCUUUAAGGUUAAAACAAAACAUUAGUGAACAUAGGAAGAUGAGAUAAAAGCAUCUUCUUAUUACAAAACAGUAACAAAGCUUUGGCUCACUAAUAAAUUAUAAUGUACGAAGUCUUUAGUGCAGAUAGAUACAAACUGCAGUUUAUUCAGCUUUACAAAGCAUCAUGGCUUCCUGUUAAAACUCCUUAUUAUAUCAGUUCAUUCACUCGAUGGGAAGAAUCAGUGAUUAGUGGAGAACUGUUGUUUUCUAAUCUGGUAGCUAAGAAUGAGGAUUAUUUUGCACAUUUUCUAAACUAAUGCCAAACUCAUUGUUUUGAUAACAUGCUGUUACUACAUGCAGUAAUUUAUGACUCAAGCAUUUGCAAAAGAAAUUAUAACUUUUUUGAUAGCGUCAAUUGUUAAACAGUGUCUAAUAUGACGCUGUACGCUAUACGUGUAAAGAAAGCUUUGGGUUUGGGAAGAGGGGGAGAGUGUUCUUAUUGUUUUAGAUAUUUGUGUUCUCUUCUCUUACACAGAGGAAAUAAAUGGUUGUGCAGUCGGACAGGGACGCCCGGGAUUUGGCACACAUCUAUUAUUGAUUAAAGCUCCAUUGACAACACAUUAGAUUAAAUAGAAGGCACCGCUUGUGUGUCCCUAAAAACCCAAACAAAUUAAAAUCGGAGAACAGGUGACUGAAUAUAAACUUUUACACCAAGAGUUCACAAGCUUUGUUAGUAUUUUUUUGUUUUCUUUUAAUUAAAUUCCACUUCUCCAGAUUUGAACAAAAUGCCCUGUCCCAGUUUCUACAACCAAAAUGCCUUCAGCUUAGCCUCGUGUAAUCUGGUUCUCCCGUGUAGUCAUUAUAAACAUGACUUUGUUAAAUGACCCUGAAUUUUGCUUGUUGGAUUUAUUUUCUGUCUAAGUGACUUUGAUAUAGGCCAUAUAUUUUUCUACUGUCAAAACUUCUUCAUCAUGUUAGAUAUACACAUUUACUUGUAACUGUGCUUUUACAGUUUUUUUUACACAAAUCUUUGUUUUGUAUGAAAGGCUGUUUGGACAGAACGCCAUCUUCCAACUCUGCAGCGACAAUAAGGAUCUCAAGCCGUGCUUUGCGUUGCAGUCUCACUGUUAUCAGACCUCAGUAAACGUGGGUCAACAUACCGUAUUCCUGUUUUUACCUCUCGCCUUUAUUUCAGCUGCAGAGACUUCAAAGUUCACUCCUCCAGUCUCUCCAGCUCAGCUCACAGUAGGUGUGUGAUUAACCAUUGAAGAGGGCCUGUUGCUAUUGCUUUUUGAUUUUUAUACAAACUUUAUAUGCAAAAUGGCCGUCGAAGCAAUUCAAUCCAGGCUGUGUGGACUUGCUGUGCAGUUUAGCGUCAGUCAGUGCUGACCUCAGACGUCUGCACUCGAGAGACACAUCGAAGGAAACCGAACAUUUUCUCUUUAAUUCAUAUAAACUGAAGGGCCAGUGUCUCUGUGAGUGUCGGUGUGUGUAAAAAAAAGAAUCAGUCGAAAAGAGGAAAGUUGUUACAGUAUGUAUGAUAAGGUUUUGAGAACAUUGUAUAUCCGUGUAUUGCUUAUUUGUGGGAACUUAAUUAUUCCUGUUUGUACUUUACUGCUCAUUUUUAAACAUGGUGUAAAUUCCUGUACCAAAUAUUGAAUUCAAGGAUUUUGAUUCACGAUGAUGAGAUGAUUCAAGGAAAAAAGCAGAUCACCUCCUUCCUUCCUAACGGGGGUAAGAACUCUUCAGGUAUGACUAUCAUAGUAAUUGCUGUGCUGUUUCACCCCUCCGCCCCGCUUUCCUCCAGAGACCCAAACACUCAUGUUAUCUAACCUGUGAUGCUCGUCCUUUUCAUGAUGGAUUGUUUCUCUUAAGCAAAUGUAAUAUUUUCAUAUUGUAGUAACUGGUCCUUGUAUUUAGACAAUGUUUUUACCUUCAUGUACUGACUAUACUCUUCAUAAUUAUUUGAGGUGCACUGUGACUAAUACAAUGCUGCUAUAUCACAAAGACUUUUAUUUUGUACGUCAUGUUAGCUGAUGCAAAGUGGACAAAGUGGGCUCCAACACGGAGGCCCUGCUCGCAUUGUUUUCUGAUUCAAUCCAGGCUUUAUUAUUGUGCUGCCUCGCUGCAGUGUGUUAGGAUCUGUAGCUGUUCCUGUUGGUCUUCCUUUACAAGCAUAAUAGAAAGAAAAGAGGGAGUAAAAUGUAGCGGUUCAAAAGCCCAUUUCAUUGCUCACUGUGGUUCAAUAAAACUGUGAUGUUGCUUUCUUUGCAACAGUGUUCAAUUUGUCAAA